AAAAAAAAAAACGAUUUGUUUCCACCGAGAGGAAGAAGCGUCGCCGUCGUUCACCGCCGCAGCAUCGACUAAAAUAAGAAAUAGAGAAGAGAAMCGGUUGUAAGAUUCCUCCUGUGUCUGGUUGUUGUUUCACACAGCUCGCCAUGGCUCUGUGCGGGGGUGUCGGAGCCAUGGCUUUGCCCAGCGAGCUCAUCGUCCACAUCUUCUCCUUUCUGUCCGACCGAGACAAGCUCCGGGCCUCGGCCGUGUGCUCCCGGUGGAGGGAGUGUCUCUUCUACCCCGCGCUGUGGACCGAGCUCAAACUGCGGAUAGGCGGCGGCGACCGCAAUGGCUCCGACGAGACCUCGAAGCUGGAGUUCCUCAUGCGGAAGUUCGGCUCGUUUGUGCGGGAGCUGCAGCUGGAGCUCGCCCCGGUGGAAGGAAACCUCGGUCCGCUGAACAACGAGCCGCCGCCGUCGUCGGCCAGGAUGGAGCAGCCCCUCGGUCCGGAUGGCGACCAGCAGCUGUCGGAGCGGUGGAGGGACGCCAUGGCCGCCUACUUGGACCAGAUGCUAUGCGUGUUCACCAGCAUCCGAAACAAUAGAAACCUGCAGAAGCUGAGUCUGUACGGAGACACGUUCAUCCUUCAGCAGGAGGGACUGUUGGACAGCUCGAACCUGCAUCGCAUUCACCAGGGGGACAAAAAGAUCAAUGAAAUCCAGCAGUUGUUCAUGGAGCUGCUCUCCAACAGCAGGCAGCUGAGGUGGCUGUCCAGCAGCUUCAUGCUGGGUCUGGUGACUCCCUGCUCCUUGGCUUGCCUGUCGAAUCAAUCCGCCGAAACCCUGCAGCACCUCAGUUUACUGGACCAUCAGCUAGGUCCCCUCAUCUCACCGUCGGAACUGGACCGACUCUCCAACAUUCACUCGCUGGCUUUGGAUUUCUCUGACUUCACGUCCGAGCUUUGCGGUUUGCUGGCGUCUCCUCGGCGAGCUCCGCUCCACCGCCUUGCCCUGCUGCUCAACGGCGCCGCCCUUGAGUUCAAACCGCUGGAGGGGACCGCUACGGAGGAGGACUGGAAGGCGCUGGUCCGUGUGAGCGCCAACCUGCGAGUCUACAUCAUGGCUCUGGAGGUGGACAGCUCUGAGCUCUUCAGGGUCUUAAAGCCCAGCCUUCCCCUAGAACGGCUUCACCUGGACAGCUACAGCACGCUAGUCAGCGACGCCACUCUGGAGCUCAUUUCUCAGCAGUACAACAAAACGCUGACUCACUUCCUGCUCCUGAGGGAUGGCCCCGACUUCCCCGACCUCAGCGUCAACCGCAACGAGGACCCCCUGGUUCUGCUGGCGUGGAGGUGUACUCAGCUGGCUGUUCUGGUAAUACAUGGUUACACCGUGUGGUCCCACAACCUGGUGGCCAUCUCUAGGCUCCGCGGCUCCAGCCUCCGCGUCCUGACCGUCUCAGAGGAGAGCAUCGACUUCGACCCGGACCAGUCCCUGUACGUGGAGGGAGACCCGGUCCACAACCUGGUGAAGGAGGUUUCUCUGGGCCUCAGCCGUGUCUGGCACCCGUGCUUGGACUCCAGCGGGGUUCUGUCGGAGCCCACCCAACACUUCCACCGCGAGCUGCAGGCCUUCUGCAUGGGGAUGUAGGCAAGGGGCGGCGGAACCGAACCGACACAUCACAGUUGAAACCGUGCCCAGACCAGACCAGACCAACCGAGCUCAGGUCAAAUCAAACCCUAAAAUCCAAACAGACCAGAUCUAAAAACCUUUUUGUUGUUGUUUUAGCACACAAUCAAGUACCGUGUGUUCGUCAUUACAUCACAGAAUCAGCUUUCCAUGAUUUUAAAUACACCUUUGAACGGGAGAGAAAUAAUUGAAUAAAGCAACUUUUUUUAGUUAGAAAAAAAUGCUGAUUUGUGAUCUGAUUGAAAAAACUAAGAUUUUGACUCGCCUGCUUCAACAAGUCGUGCUCACUUGACCUGGUCUGGUCUUUUGGACCGGUCUUCAGCACUCUCUUCAUCACCUUAAUAACCUUCAGAGCCUCUGUAUGAUGUAACUUUGAUUUGUUUUCUGUAUUGAUCCCCGCUCCCCCUUUUUUUUUCCUUUUUCUUUUUUGAUUGUUUUCCACGUCUCCCUGCUCUUGUGUGUUAUCUUUUUAUUUCCUGUGUGGCAGUUACCGUGCCCGUAAAGGCUUCGUGUGGAUUUAAAUCCAGUUUUAUCAUCCUCCUGCUCGCAGCUGGAACGGGACAUGCGGUUUAGUGAUAGAGGUGAAGGUUGGAGCGUGUAAAUCAACAACUUCCUGAGCAGAGUUUGUUGCUACGAAAGGGGAUUUUUUUGCACUUGCUCCCUAACCUGGUCAACGGGGUGGGAAUGUGGCAAGCUGUGGCUAAUCAGUCCCGGUGAUUUAGCAGCAGGAUUGCGUAAACAAAAAAAAGUGGCGUUUUUUUUAAGGGUCGAAAUGUUUUAUUGUUGACCUUGAGCACCCUUCUAAUGGUGUUGUGGAGAUUAUUGUUACAGCCAACACACUUCCCACACUGCUCAGUUACUGAUGAACCUGGAUUGUCUGACCCAGUCUCUGAGUCAGGCUAAAAAAGAAAAACUAAAGAACACAACAUUCAUUUGUUCUGUUUUGAUCUGUAGUACACUGGUUGUAAAUCUCUACUCUCCUUUGUCUCAGUAUUCUGGAUUAUUCCAUCCAUAUUUCAGAUUCAGAGCCCUGUCCUUCAGCUCGUCUGUUACGUAUUGUAAUUUUAAUUACUUGCUGACCUUGAAGCGUCAGAAGGGCUCUGAUAUCUCACAUCGUUCUAGAAGGAGACAGCUGCUUUCGUUUUGUUUUGUUUAUGCCAUGUAUUUAUUUUAGAGAAGUCUUUGUACUUUUCCUCCAAGUUCUUGACGAGAUUGUGCUAAAACAACAGCAGUAUUCCGUAGGCGCAGCUCUCUCAGGAGGCAGACAUACCAGCAGUACUGUAAAGGAACCAGUUUCUCAUUCAAUAACAUUUCAAGAUUAAGGGCAGUGAAAUGGAACGGAUACACUGAAUGUAACGACUCACACGUACCUGUGAGCUUUGUGUUUUGUUUUGUUUUUUUUUUUUCAUUGUGUGCUUACUUAAUAGCAGUAUUUGUCACAGACGUUUGGCAGACGCACAUCCUGCGGGGGGCUGCUGAAUUGUUAAAUAUUUGCGUUUGAACGUUUGCGCCGCUCACAGCCAAACACUGCUUUUUUUAUGUCUUUGGCACGUUUAGCACAAUAAGGUUUCAGGAUGUGCAGCUCGUUUUUGUGGCUGAAAGUUUCUCUGACACCUCAGGAAGGCUUGUAACAUCGCUCUGAUCAGAUUGGUGAUGUUGACGAGUAGGACGUGCGAAACAAUCAGUUUUUUUCCCUCUUAAGUCACAGUUGCCUUGCUAACACCCCCAGUCUUUUCAGAUAGAGUUGUUCUUGUUGUUGUAGAUGUUGUUUCUCUUGCCAUCUUAAAAAAAAAUACCCUCACUUUGCUUUGAUUUAGAGGGUCAGCAAACCUAAUCAUACAUUUGUUUUCAAAGAUUAAGGUUGAUAAAGGCUAAAGAAUGGCAAGACCUAGCUGCUCGUUGCACAUGUUUGUGUCUAUGCUGUCGAUAUGUGACCUGCUGGGCCUAAAAAAAAGUCUGAGCUGAAGGGAUCUGUCAGACCCAGGUGGUAUUGUUUUUUUGAUACUCGUUCACAAAGUGCUAACGUGUUCACGCAUGUUUAGACCAAACGGCUUGAGUUGGUGGCAGACGUGAGCGUCGCUAGAUGCUAACUGAGCCCAGCGUGCUAACAGAUGGUGCUCCCAUGGAAAUGCUGUGUUCUGGUGUCUUCUGAAGAUAUUUUUUAAAGGUUUUACCGAGAAAACGAACGUUAAGAUGAGCAUCAUCAGAAUCGCCCAGUAGAGUCAGCUCAGGCAUUGUUAUUAAAACACAGGUUGUAGAAAAUGGAGGUCCAUGUGAGUUUACAAGGCUGACCUGCAGUUGUUAUUUUUUCUCCUGAUAUGGAACUGUUGUCAGCCAGCACUUUACUGGCUUCAGAAUGAGUCGGGCCUUGUGAUGGGCCUGUGGUUACCAAAUGUUUGCUCUCAAGUUUAAAGGACCUGGAUGGUUUUGCCAUGAUAAUCUGUGAAGUCCUUGGUUUAUAUCUCAGGAUUAUGCACUUUGGUACCAAGAGUUUCUUCGAAAGGCGCGCUGUGGCUGUUAAGAGCGUCGCACACUCGAACACCUGCACAGGAUGGAAAUGCCAACAUAUUUUCAAAACAAAAGCUGUUUUUUGUGUUCUCUUCCAUCCCUUUUUUUAAAAAGAAAGAAAGAUCCCCCAUUUGUCUUUUUUAUGCGUGUCAUUGGAAGUKUUGGAAGGUCACUGUGUUCUGAUUCCAGCUAAGACACAGAAAGCUCAACUUUUUUUAUUGGAAUGUAAAGUCGAAGUGGGUCUGAGCUAGUAAACAUUUUAUUUAUUUUUCCAACUGAUUUUAGAAAGCUGCUUUUCUCAUCUGUUUUCUACUCUCAGAUCAGACAUUUGGAGAGUUAAACUCGGUCCUUGUGGUUUGUUUUGUUUUUACCAGCUGUGCUCAGCAAGGAAGACGUUUUAGUUACCCACUCCAACAUUGUACAAAACAUUAUUCUGCUUGUAAGUUUCCUCUUUAGACAUCUAGAAAAACUUAUUUUUGACCUGAUGGCUCAUUGACAGACCACGAUAAAGUGAAUUUAAUGAUGAAUUGUGAUAAUAGACGAGUCUUUGGAAACAUUUAUGUGACGAAGCUGUAAAAAAAAACAUUAAAAAUCCAACAUUUAAGAGAAAAGAUCCACAGCUCUAUCUUUUAAUGCUUAAAUUCCUUAAAAUGAAAUCCUUGUUUAAAAAAAAAAAGAUCAGAGGAAAAUAUUUCCCAUGUGUUGGUGACAAAAGGUCAAUUUGGAACCAUGUGAAAGUUUAUAAAGUCUCACCGCUUUUUAAACUUCAGCUUUAAGUCGGCGCUUUCCUGUUCGGUGUUGCUGAUGUUCGUUCAGUUGAAAUAAGCAGCGUCGAGUUCCUGUGGCUGCGUUUUUCUGCACCAGUGGUUUAACUUCUCUUUGAGUGUGCUUGGCUUCUUUUUUUCGUGUGUGCAGUAAAGAAUAAGAUGUGAACAAGCUGUCAGUCACGGAGCUCUCGUACAUUUCACACACACACACACACACACACACACACACCUGAGACAAUGCAUGUGUGCACAUUUGACAGGAAGUGAGGUUGCUCAGCCGUGGAGUCGUAUCACUUCUGCCGCUGCGUGAAUCGGGAACAGGAAUAGUUCGCACUCAGGGUAYGGAUGGUUUUCUCAAAGGAGGAGGUUGGACAGCAACAAUAGCUCAGGCCCUUUAGCUCACUCGUGUGGAUCUGUUCUCCUCCUUUGACGUGUUUUGAAGCUGCCAAAGAUCACAGGUCUCUCUGAAGUGCCCCGUCGAUAAACAGACUAUUGUUUCAUCCUCGACACCCUUGUCUCUGUUACUUUGUGAUCUGACAUUUCCCGCCUUUUUUAUCUCACCGAACACCUCAUAUGUUCUGUCUGUGCUGUACUUCAAACCUUUCUGCUCUUGGAACCUGUUAACAGUCUUGUCUUGAGGUUGUAAUGAACCAAACCAAAGCAGACCUGUGAGAAAAGCAGUUUUCUGUCAGCAGCGGUUUGUAGACAUGAAAGGUUUUCGGGUGGCGUUACUGGACACCUCUCUCCGGUAGACAAAGGGGUUAGGAACAUCGUUGCACAUCUUAAAACAGUUGUUACCUCUCAACGGCUCUCAGGGUGCAUUGUUGCCGAGACAUCGUUAUUCAAAGCCAGAUUUGUCGAGUUGAGCACGGGCGUGUAGAGUGGCCAGGGCUCGGAGAGCUCACCGUCGUAUUCCUUUCGCCCCCCGUUCUGACCGCCACGUUUCACUGUGAGGAGCGAGCGGAGGUAAAAGAAAAGCACAACCAGUUGGGUUCGAUUUGCCGAACGCUCCUACGGAUGCUUCCAAGUGUUUCUCUGUUUCUGAUGGCAGCUCACGGCCGGGAGAAACCUCCUGGGUUCCUGGGUUUUCAAGCUGCACAGUCGUUUCGCUGCUAUGRGGAGCACAUUCCACGUGAACGGGAGAGGAUUUCUGGUCGUCUCUUUAGCAAACUACAAGACUAUGAUGUGUGAGCAACGGCGAAUCUCUAUAAACUGAUAUUUUGUUUGUUUUUUUACUUUAAAUUAUUUGUUUUUGAAAGAAUCAUGCUGAUGAGUCACAUCAGAUUAGCAGCUGGUCUGAGCAAACUAUUCAGAAGUGAUCGUAGCAACUGUUUCUGUGUGUUUCUGCGACGCCGUGCGUCCGAUCACCUCUAAGGCUCAAAAUGCAACAACUGUUGUGACUGCAGUUGACAUGAAGGCCGUUGAAUUGGUUGUCUUCAUGUUCUAAACCCCUCUGGCAAUUAAAGAUCUUCACAUUACAACAGGAGGAAGCUGGAUAUUUAUAGGCUAAACAUAAGAAGGUCUUACCAUUCUUGCACUGAGGUCGAGCUGGACUGAUUUACGCAGCACAAGCAGACAGAUGUUUAACUGUGAUAUACGUUGUUAGCGGUGAGAUUUAUAGAGCUUGCUAUGAAAAAUGGUUAAACGGCUGCACAGAUCAGGAUGGGCGCAGGCUCUUUGCUGGAGGGGUGUUUCCAGCCGGCUCGUUYUGCCCUGUUUGAGUUUUUUUGUUGUGUUUUUCAUGAAAUGCUCCUGAAACGUCAGAGCUGGCCUCUUAAUUCACUCCAUCUGAAACAGUUGUGUUGAAACUGUUGUAAUCACAGAACUGUAAGCUGGGUUCUGAUGCCUGACAGCCAAUUCUGAACCUAUCGAGUGUGUGUUUUCUUUAGAACCAAAGUUGCAGAYCCUAUCAGAUCUGCGUCAGCGUAAAACACACAUUCAAAGACACAACUACAGGUUGCUAGUUGCCAACUCCAUGCCAACUUUGUAAUAUUGAUGCUCAGGAUAUUUGCUUUGUUGUUGGAACUAAAAGUAGCUGUUGAAAGAGUAGUAACGUGGUUCUGGGCGUUUUUGAUUUGUUUUGUUUCUGAAACAGUAGAUCGUAUCAGAGUCUUCAUCACAGAUUAGUUUUGUCCCUAAACGCUACGACAAUAGACCACCAUGCAGGACUGACCAACCCUCACAGAGAAAUGUGAGAAAUGUUGACGAACAUCCCGGUGUGUUUUAAAGACACGGACGACCAAUGCUUUACAAUUAGCGAUGUGUAGGAGGAGGCUUUCAGUGAAACAGUUGGGCUCUUAGCAGGAAGUUUGGAUUCUCCAGUCUUCAGGACCAGUCAGAGCUGAGGAUGAUGAGCAAAGCUUUACCUGCUACUACCUAGCUCUACAAAGUGACACUGGUAAAAAAGGAGAAAAAUAGCCUGGCCAGUUGCUUUGGAUGCAUGCAGAGAUUUGUGAAAYGCCCGGGUUUGUCAAGGAGCUGAUAAAUAUUCACACUCAGUGAGGCAGCCAGAUCUCAGAUACUGUGGCUGGGACGUUCCUGGCUGCUGAACAAAGUCUUUCUUGUCAAGUCUGGAGAGCCAAACCUCCUAAUUAACCAGGCAGGCAGGCCUGCUGCCCAGUCCAGCCUCACAACUAUGCAAGAAGAAUGCAUAUAAUCCAAACUUUGUUUUUUUUUUUCGCCUUUCUUUCCUGUCUGUCUCUCAAUGUCACAGAGUAGAAAUGAAGAUAAUAAGAACUUGCAGUGACAAUACUUGGCCUUACGAUGAUUUGUGAGAUCUUGAAUCGUUUCGUCUUGAGAUCUUUUGAUUCUGGUCAGCCAGCCCAGCGGCAGCAGUGGUGACGGCAGGCUCACUCUUGGUCUCUGUGAGACUGGCUAGACGGCCCCAGUUUUAUCGUGGUACGAAUGUUGUGCAUUUGUUUAAAAUCAGGACAGUUUGCAAUAACAGCAGUCUUACUAGUGGCCACAAAGGGGCAAAAGCAGUGCUGACAGCGCCCGGCUGCGUCUUUAGAAAACCACAGAGGAAGAAAUAUAAACUAUAUAAAUAGAUAUAUAUAUAAAUAUAUAUAGAUAAACUCACACAGUGCAUAUUUGUAUAGGUAUCAACAAUGCAUUACCGUGUUAUACUAUUAUGCAACACUUGUCCAGGUUCAGUUUAUGAACAUGAAGUAUAUUAUAAAAUCACACAGACUUUGUAGAAGUUAUGUUAUUGUGAGUUUUUCUGUUGUUGUUGUUUUGAGUUUCUUUUGUUUUUGCAGAAGUGGUUUUAACCAUCUACGAUGUUGAAUGUUCCGAGUGUAAAGCUCCUGUGUGACUGUGUUUGCUAAAGUACGCGCUGGGUUUUUAUCUUCCUAUGUGUAAAGCCAGACCACAGCCAAAACACAGCUGGACAGACAUAUUUCAAAUACACCUGCAGGUUUACCAAUCCACUCUGCGUAGACCUGCGGGCUUUUAAAGGUCACUCUACACACUGAUUCACCUGAAUUCCAUCUGCAGACAGGCUGAGGCGUGGUUCCAAAUUUCAACAGCAUGAAUCAUAAGACCAAGCAAAGCAGAACCACAACAAUGUCCUUAGAAACAAACUAUUAGGUUUACAUUUUAAAACAUCUUUAUAAUCUCUCCAGCUGUUUUUUGGAGUAGUCUACAGGGAAAGAGCUCUCUCUUAUCUAAGAGGACAGAUUUUAAUGAAAAUUUGUGUCGAUUCACUGUCCUGUUGUAGAGACUUAGAUGCCACAUUGGAAACCUCCACCAAAAACCUCUGGAUUGACAUGAAUGGAAUACACUCGAUAGGCCAACCUGCCGAAUGUUGAUUUGACUUGAUGUUGAAUGAAUGCUUCCUUUUCUUUUAGCCAGUGAAUAAAAACAAUAGAAAGUCA